GCCGCCGCCGCCGCUAUGGCCACCUCCCUCUCCUCCGCCCCGACCCAGCUCCGCCCCUCCCCGUCCCCCUCCCACCACCGCCUCCUCCACCGCUCCUCCCUCCUCCCCUUCCCCCGCCGCCACCACCACCGCCGCCGCCGCUGCGGCGCCCUCUCCAUCGCCCGCGCCUCCGCCUCCGCCAAGGAUGGCGUCACGGUGCGGCGCUUCCCGGCGGCGCCGACCGAGGGCGGGAGGCUGGCCGGGGUGAGGAAGAUCAUGAUCCUCGGCGCCGGCCCCAUCGUGAUCGGGCAGGCGUGCGAGUUCGACUACUCCGGGACGCAGGCGUGCAAGGCGCUCGCCGAGGAGGGCUACGAGGUGGUGCUCGUCAACUCCAACCCGGCCACCAUCAUGACCGACCCCGACCUCGCCCACCGCACCUACAUCGGCCCCAUGACGCCGCCCCUCGUCGAGCGCAUCAUCGCCGCCGAGCGCCCCGACGCGCUGCUCCCAACCAUGGGCGGCCAGACCGCUCUCAACCUCGCCGUCUCGCUCGCCGACUCGGGCGCCCUCGACCGCCUUGGCGUCCGCCUCAUCGGCGCCUCCCUCCCGGCCAUCCGCGCCGCAGAGGACCGCCAGCUCUUCAAGCAGGCCAUGGACCGCAUCGGCCUCAAGACGCCGCCCUCCGGCAUCGGCACCACGCUCGAGGAGUGCAUCUCCAUCGCCGAGGACAUCGGGGAGUUCCCGCUCAUUGUUCGCCCGGCCUUCACGCUUGGUGGCACCGGGGGAGGCAUCGCGUACAAUCGGGCCGAGUUCGAGGACAUUUGCCGUGCCGGGCUGGCGGCGUCGCACACGCAGCAGGUGCUUGUGGAGAAGUCGCUGCUCGGGUGGAAGGAGUACGAGCUGGAGGUGAUGCGCGAUAUGGCUGACAAUGUGGUCAUCAUUUGUUCAAUUGAGAAUAUUGAUCCAAUGGGCGUGCAUACGGGGGAUUCCAUCACGGUCGCGCCCGCGCAGACGCUCACCGACAAGGAGUACCAGAGGCUCAGGGACUACUCCGUGGCGAUCAUCCGGGAGAUUGGCGUGGAGUGUGGGGGUUCCAAUGUGCAGUUCGCGGUGAACCCUGCCGAUGGGGAGGUGAUGGUGAUUGAGAUGAACCCCAGGGUGUCGAGGUCAUCAGCUCUUGCAUCAAAGGCGACAGGGUUUCCGAUUGCCAAGAUGGCUGCAAAGCUCUCUGUAGGUUAUACUUUGGACCAGAUUCCAAAUGAUAUUACGAAGAAGACUCCUGCUAGCUUUGAGCCUUCCAUUGACUACGUGGUCACUAAGAUUCCACGGUUUGCAUUUGAAAAGUUCCCUGGGUCUGAGCCAGUAUUAACCACACAGAUGAAGUCUGUUGGUGAGGCCAUGGCUCUAGGACGGACCUUCCAGGAGUCUUUCCAGAAGGCUGUCCGUUCAUUGGAGACUGGCUUUGCAGGAUGGGGUUGUGCACCCAUCAAGGAACUUGACUGGGACUGGGAAAAGUUAAAAUAUAGUUUACGGGUACCUAACCCAGAUCGGAUUCAUGCUAUUUAUGCAGCUUUUAAGAAAGGCAUGAGGAUUCAGGAUAUCCAUGAAAUUAGCUUUAUUGAUAAAUGGUUCCUUACUGAGCUCAAGGAGCUAGUGGAUGUUGAGCAAUUCCUUAUUUCAAGGGGCCUAGAUCAGCUGUCAAAAGAUGACUUCUAUCAAGUGAAGCGGAGGGGUUUUAGUGACACGCAGAUUGCCUUUGCGACAUCUUCUUCAGAAACUGAUGUGAGAUUAAGGCGCCUGGCACUAGAAGUUGCUCCAACAUACAAGCGGGUUGAUACUUGUGCGGCUGAGUUUGAAGCCAAUACACCUUACAUGUAUUCCUCGUAUGAGUAUGAAUGUGAGUCUGUUCCAACUAAUAAGAAAAAGGUGUUGAUUUUGGGUGGCGGGCCCAAUCGGAUAGGCCAGGGUAUUGAGUUUGAUUAUUGUUGUUGCCAUGCUUCAUUUGCCCUUCGAGAGGCUGGAUAUGAAACUAUAAUGAUGAACUCCAACCCAGAGACAGUUUCAACUGACUAUGAUACCAGUGACCGUUUGUACUUUGAGCCAUUAACGGUUGAGGAUGUAACCAAUGUUAUUGAUUUGGAACGCCCAGAUGGUAUAAUUGUGCAGUUUGGAGGGCAAACUCCUCUCAAGCUUGCGCUUCCUAUACAACAGUAUCUGGAGGACAAGAAGCUGGUGUCUGCCUCAGGCACUGGACUUGUGAAGAUAUGGGGGACCUCACCAGAUUCUAUUGAUGCUGCUGAGGACAGAAAAAGAUUUAAUGCUAUACUUGAAGAGCUUGGAAUUGAGCAGCCUAAAGGAGGGAUUGCAAGAAGUGAAUCGGAUGCCUUGUCUAUUGCCUCAGAAGUUGGUUACCCUGUUGUUGUCCGGCCUUCGUAUGUUCUUGGUGGCCGAGCUAUGGAGAUUGUGUACAAUGAUGAGAAACUUAUUAAAUACCUCGCAACUGCAGUGCAAGUAGAUCCGGAGCGGCCUGUCUUGGUGGAUAAAUAUCUAAUUGAUGCAAUUGAAAUUGAUGUUGAUGCAUUGGCUGACUCAGUUGGUAAUGUUGUGAUUGGUGGAAUUAUGGAGCAUAUUGAGCAGGCUGGUAUCCAUUCUGGUGAUUCUGCCUGUUCCCUUCCCACUAGAACAGUCUCUGCAAAGUGUUUAGAUAUAAUCCGUUCAUGGACCACAAAGCUGGCAAAGCGUCUCAACGUCUGUGGGCUCAUGAACUGCCAGUAUGCUAUUACUACUUCUGGUGAGGUAUUCCUUCUUGAGGCAAAUCCCCGAGCCUCACGCACUGUCCCUUUUGUCUCGAAAGCAAUUGGACAUCCAUUGGCAAAAUAUGCAUCUCUGGUCAUGUCUGGUGUGACCUUGCCAGAGCUUGGGUACACUCAGGAAGUUGUUCCUAAGCAUGUUUCUGUCAAGGAGGCAGUUCUUCCAUUUGAGAAAUUCCAGGGCUGCGACAUUCUUCUGGGACCAGAGAUGCGCAGCACCGGAGAGGUGAUGGGCAUUGACUAUGAGUUUUCUGGUGCAUUCGCAAAGGCUCAGAUUGCCGCUGGACAGAAGCUCCCAUUAAAUGGAACUGUCUUCCUUAGUCUAAAUGACCUGACGAAACGCCACCUUGCUGAAAUCGGACGAGGGUUCAGGGAACUUGGGUUCAACAUCAUUGCCACAUCUGGAACAGCCAAAGUACUUCAGCUGGAGGGCAUCCCAGUGGAGCCAGUUCUGAAAAUACAUGAGGGGCGGCCAAAUGCCAGGGACAUGCUUAAGAAUGGUCAGAUACAGGUGAUGGUGAUAACUAGCUCAGGUGAUGCUCUUGACUCCAAAGAUGGCCUCCAGCUCCGCAGAUUGGCCCUGGCCUACAAGGUCCCGAUAAUUACUACCGUGGAUGGGGCGCGUGCUACCAUCGAUGCUAUCAAAAGCUUGAAGAACAAAUCAAUUGAGACUCUCGCAUUGCAAGAUUACUUCCAGACUACAGAUGCAUCCCAGAACUUGCAAGCAGCGCAAAGUGCCUCUUAGGGUCAUGCCCUUCUAUUGUCAUUUUUCUAAUGCUAUUGUAGUAUCAACUAUAGACUUCUGUUCUGUAGGAUUUUGUUUACCUUCUGCAUGCGCAAGCAUAAACAUGUUGACUGCAAGUACUAGUCUCAAACCUUGUCUUGCGCAUUAUUAUUUACUGUGUAACAGUGGGGGUCAACAUCCACAGAAUAAGGCCCCCAAUUGCAUCUUAUGAAACCAUUCCUCUCUGGAGCGCUUGUACUUGUAUCCCUGUGGCACAAAUUUGUGCUGACUUAUUAUAUUGUAUGCUACUCCAGAUUCUAUGAUAAUGAUUUACCUGGCCUCCUCUGUCCCUAA